AUGCCUCUGAUCGAGUACAUCGGCGACGCCGUGCUCGACGUCGAGGUCACGCCCAAUCGCCCCGACUGCCUCUCCAUACUCGGCAUCGCCCACGAGGUCGCCGCCCUCACUGGCGCAGCAGUAACCGAACCCGAUCUGUCCUACCCGGAAAACGACACGCCCAUUGAGUCGCUGGCGAAAGUCGAAAUCGCAGACCCUGACCUCUGCUUACGCUACACUGCGUCUCUGAUACACGGUAUUGAGAUAGGCGAUUCCCCCAGCUGGAUGCAGGACGCCCUCACAAAGGCAGGCUUGCGUCCCAUCAACAAUAUCGUGGACAUCACUAACUAUGUGAUGCUGGAAUACGGCCAGCCCCUCCACGCAUUCGACUUCGGCAAGGUGCGCGACAACACCAUCAUCGUGCGCUCCGCCCGCCCCGACGAGCCGCUGGUAACGCUGGACGGCGCAACCCGCCCCCUGCAGCCGCCUAUGCUCGUCAUCGCCGACACGCAGGACGCCAUCGGGCUUGCGGGCGUCAUGGGCGGCGCGAACACCGAAAUUGACGAUAUCACGACAACCGUGCUUCUCGAAUCCGCCAACUUCCAUGCAAUCAACACCCGCCGCACCCGCCUCGCGCUGCGAAUGGACAGCGAGGCAUCCUAUCGCUUCGAGCGCGGCAUCCGCCCCGAGCUUGCGCCGCUCGCACUUCGCCGCGCAACCCAGCUCAUGAUUCAGCUCGCAGGCGGCACCGCAUCCAAGGGCAUCUUGGACAUCUACCCCGAUCCCACGCCCAUGCCCUCCGUGCAGAUCAGCCGCCAGCGCAUCCGGCAGGUCCUCGGCGUGGACUACACCAUGCAGCGCGUUCAGCAGACGCUUGAAUCGCUCGGCUUAGAGCGCGACCGUGCUCCCGAAAGCAUCAUGCCCACGAUGGACGCCUUCUCUGUCGGCGGCGCGCCCGAAAGCGACAGCGUCAUCUGGAUGAAGCCACCAUACUGGCGCUCCGACAUCACCAUCGAAGACGACAUUGUCGAGGAACUCGCGCGCAUCAUCGGCUAUGAAAGCAUCCCCAACAACUAUGAUCUCCACGCCCAUACCACACGGACAGCCGCAGGCGCAGCGCGUCCUCCGGGAGCGCGUUAA